GUCCGUGCGAGCAGCUGGAUUUAGGUACAUUGGAACCAAACGCCCAAAGGUCUCGACAUCACUGUCACCAUUCUUGUAAUUCAGCACCAUCCAACAAUAUGGCGCCCUCUCGCGAGUCGAUACAGAACCGUGGGGAUGAGGACGAGGUCUGCCCCGUCUGCAAAUCCUCGCGGUACUUGAAUCCGGACAUGCAAUUCCUCAUCAAUCCAGAAUGUUAUCACAAGAUGUGUGAAUCAUGCGUGGAUCGUAUUUUCUCUUCGGGUCCCGCCAACUGUCCUGUAGCCGGGUGCCACAAGACCUUACGAAAGAAUCGAUUUCGAAAACAGACGUUCGAAGAUAUAAACGUAGAACGGGAGGUUGAUAUACGGCGCAGAGUCAUGCAAAUUCUCAACCGUCGCGAAGAGGAAUUUGACUCGAAGCGAGCCUGGGAUGACUUUCUCGAACAACGCGAGGAGAUCAUCGCGAAUCUUGUCCAUGGCACCGACGUAGCCAAAACCGAAGCCGAUCUCCAGAGAUAUGCACAAGAGAAUAUGCGCUCUAUCCGCGCCAACCAAGCCUUGGAGGCUCAGGAAGCUUCUUCUUUCCAGGCAAGACAGACUCAAGAGCAGGAGUUGGCCCGUCUCCGCAGGGAGGCAGUAAGACAGGAGUACGAGAAUGAGCGCCGGGAGCUUCUUGCUGGACGAGAAGAUGUUCUCAGCCGUCUUGCCGCUGGACGCCCAGCAGAUGCUGCCACUAUUGCACGCGAAGGCCAGAAAGUCCUACUCAAAAAGUCGUCUGCUAGACGAAGUGAAGAGGACCGUAUUCGACAGAAGCAAGCUGCCCUACGUAACUCGGAUGCUAGAAAGGCUGGACAAGCUGGGGUUACAGCAACCGAUAAGGCUGGUGAUGCCGGUGAUACUGGUCUUAUUAAGGGCCUCAAGAGAAUCCAGACACCGGAGCCUGAGAAGCCUUACGAUCCAUUCGGUGGACUAAUUCCGGACAAACGGGACUACUUCACCUUGCGAGACUUCUACCCAUCCAGUUACCUUGACCCUAUUAGACAAGAUACUCGUAUGCAGGCUGGCGGAUAUGAUCUUAAAGAGUACUAUUCGCGCACACUGCUCGAGGCAUUCGCAGGGCUAGGAUGCUUCAUCGAUGAAGAGGUAUCAGAACGGGAAGUGGCUAAUACGAAUGCAGUUGCAACAGAAGGUGGCGCCAUGGCUGCGGCUUCGAGCGGCCCCGCAGGCAAUGUGUAAUUUGCCCAGAAUCUUAGUGGAGAGGUUGGUACUUUUGGUAUAGAUUUAUCUUGUUUCGAUGUUAAGACAUCUACGACGCAUUGGGUUAGGUGCAUAGCGAUGGCGUUCUCUAUAUGUUGGAAGAAGGGCAUUUCUCUUGUCUAUAUUGGUUUAGCAUACCACCACCUUUAACAAUACUUUUAUCCUGCUGCUUUCUU